AUGGUUCUCACGCACACGACCAACCACACUUACAACCACCCGUUCCCGACCGUCACUCUCGCCUUCUUCCUCCGCUACUACUCGCCGCACCUCAAUCCCUUCUCCAGCCAUGUGCUCUCCACCGACACCAUCUCCUCCCACGUCGACCCAGCGACUGGCCGUCUGCACACGACUCGCCUCCAUGUAAAACGCUCACGUAUGCCGGCUGCUGUCAUCAAGCUGUUGCCUACGAGUGUUACUGGCGGCGCCGGACCCAAGUCGGCUUUCGUCCUCGAAACCAGUGUCGUCGACAUGAAGGAGGGCUGGAUGCAGUCUGAGAGCCGAAACAUGAACUACACGGGUAUCUUGAGCGUCGUCGAGCAGCAAAGAUACUCCGUUUCGCCUCCCGAGCAACUCGGCGGGGCUGUGCCGGAUCCCUAUGAGGCUGCUGGUGCCAUGCAGCUCGACUUUGGCAAAGCAACCAGUCUAGCCCGCUCGAUCCCACCAAACACAUAUGUCACGACAACAUUCUCCUACGCCUCAACGCUAGGCAACCGCAAGGCUGCCACAGCCACGCAGGAGGCAACCGCCGGAAGCAAGAGUAUUGGCACCUGGAUUCAGGGCUGGGGUACCAGUCGCAUCCAGAGCAGUAUCGAGUCAAUCGCCAGCAACAAGACGGACGAUCAGAUGAGCAAGUCAAGGGACGGCAUGCGUAUGGUCCUCGAGCGCCUCCGUAACAACGGCGUCGUGGCCGUGCUCAAAGAGCUCCGGAGACGCGACGGUGAGACUGUUGCGCUUGACUAG